CACAGGUUCCGGGUGCGUUUUUUCGUCGUCCAGUACAUGAGAUCUAGACGCCAUGGAGAUAGCUUUUGAAGACGGGAAAGACAAGAUCGACAAGAGACCUCUUCUCUCUUCUUCAUGGAAGCAACUUGCCGUUGUCGGGAUCGUAGCCUUUCUUGGAGUUUGUUUGGGAGUUUUGAUCGGGUAUUUUUCUCGAGGCGACACCACCCUCCCUACUGACAGCUGGGAGUACAUGUUGACCCAUGAAGGGCCGAGUUGGGUCAGUCAACGCCUGAUAGACGACAUCAGCGCAGCCAAUAUUGAAGAAAAUCUCCGGCUUAUGACCCAGAAUACGCGCCUCGCGGGUACUGCAUACGACCUAGAAGGUGCCCAAUACAUCCGGGACAGGUGGUUGGCUGAUGGGUUAGAUCACGUGAUGUUGACGCCAUAUGACGUGGCCUUGUCUUAUCCAACGACUCCAAACACCGUUACCAUGACGACAGCCAACGGGACGGUGGUGUUCACCUGCAGGAGGAUAGAGGAAGGGUUUGAGAAUGACCCUGAUGCCGUUACAUAUUACAGCGCCUACUCCCCUCCUGGUCAAGCGGAGGGUGACCUGGUGUUCGCCAAUUUCGGCUCCAUGGAAGAUUUCCAGUACCUAGUGGAUCAGGGUGUGGACUUGGCGGGAAAAAUCGUCAUCGUGAAGUACGGAGGCGUCGGUCGUGGGGACAAGGCAGUGAACGCAGAAAAGUUCGGAGCCCUGGGCGUCAUUGUGUUCUCCGACCCGGGAGAUUACGGCAAUCCUGACGGGCCAAAUUACCCCGAGACGUGGUUCCUCUCAGGAUCCGGCGUGCAACGCGGCUCCCUGAACGGCGAUUACGGAGAUCUCUUGACGCCCGGAUACCCUGCAAAUGAAUACGCCUACCGUACAGACAUCAACAACAUCACAGCGACCGGGCUGGCAACCAUCCCCACUCAGCCAAUAGGAUGGGAGGACGCUGCUACACUCAUGAGAUAUUUGUCCGGUCCCGUGGCUCCAAGUGACUGGCAGGGCGGGCUCGGGUUUAACUAUUCUGUGGGACCGGGAUUUGUGGGACCGUAUGCAAACAGGAAGGUGCAGUUGAAGGUGACCAACCAGAACGUACUGAGGAGAACCUACAACGUCAUCGGUACCAUCAGGGGUAGCGUGGAACCAGAUCGCUACGUUGUAUACGGGAACCACCGGGACGGCUGGGUGUACGGCGCGGUGGACCCGGCCUCUGGCACCGCCUGCAUGCUGGAGAUCACGCGGGUUCUCGGGUCCCUCCUCAAGUCUGGAAGUUGGAGGCCGAAGAGAAGCAUAAUAUUUGGAAGCUGGGGUUCGGAGGAGUUCGGUUUGAUAGGGUCGACUGAAUGGGCAGAAGAACACGUCAAGACCUUGACACAAAGAGCCGUCGCCUACAUAAACGUAGACAUAGCUGUGAUGGCAAAUGAUACCAUGCGUGUGCGGGGUAGUAAGCUGUUGCAGACAGUCACAUUUGAUGCCACAAAGAAGGUACCAUCUCACGAAAGUAGCCUCGUAUCGGAUGGGACAGGCAAGAACAGGAAGUCUCCUGGGAAGAGAACGGGCCUCGAGAAAACCUUGUACGAGACUAUGGUUGAAAACACGCCUGAUGUCAACGGACAGCCAGCUGAUAUCCCACGAUACCUUGAAAUGGGCCGUGGAAGUGAUUAUGUUGUUUUCUACCACCGACUUGGGAUUCCUUCAGUCGAUCUGAUGUUUGUUCAAAAUCGUGAAAAGCCGGGUGUCGUGCCGGUGCCUAUCUACCCAGCCUACCACACCGCCUUUGAUACUUUUGACUACGUCAAGCGGUUUGUCGACCCGGACUUCAAGGCGCACCAGGCCGUGGCUCGGGUUGCCAUAGAAACAGUGCGCCGCCUGGCGGAUUCCCUCAUCCUGCCAUUUGACCUCCUGGCGUUUGCGGACAAACUACAGGCCUAUCUGACAGGCGUGCGGCUAGAACACGGGGAGAUACUGACAGCGCAGGGGGUUUCCCUUGACUAUCUUGAAUCAGCAGUCACCAACUUCACAUCUGCUGCAGUGAGGUUGGACAGGAAGAUUGUGGAUGUUAACAAACUGAACCCACUGGAAGUCCGUGCUCUGAAUGACAAGUUACUGUACCUGGAGCGAGCGUUCAUCGACCCACUAGGUUUGCCAGGACCACCCUUCAUCUGGCAUGUUGCGGCUGGAUUCAGUGAAUUCAACUUCUCCUCUACCGCCUUCCCAGCCUUACGGACGCCAUCCUUAAUGAUGGCAUUAUGAAUUCUGUCCAGCGAUUGGAUGCCAUCAACAAACGCCUGUCAGUCAUAACUUUCGUCAUCCAAUCAGCAGCCAGCAUACUAAAAGAAGCUGGUUUGGAGGAAUAGUUUAUAUGCUCUGCUAUAUGAACGUCGUAGGUCUAACAUCUACAAAUUUGUUCCUGAUUAGUUCCUGCACUAGUUACACAUGUAGUAUAGACUGUAUUAGAAUGUUCUCUAGUGGGUUUCAGUGACCAUCUGUCACCUUCUUCAGGGCAACAAUGACUUGUUCUGAUUUGUACUGCAGCUAGAUGUCACUGAUGCAGUUUUA